UUGGCGUUUCUCCGUCGAAUCGAAUUUGUUUAAUAACAUUGUGAUUUCAAUCGCAUAAAACGCCAGAAAAUCUUCAUAAUUUUAUCAUAAAAAUUAUUAAAAAUGGACAUACUGAAAGCGGAAAUCGCUCGCAAACGAAAGCUGCUCGAGGAAAAGAAGCUGGUGGACACUAACAAAAAGUACUUCAAACGGGGUGAGCUGCUGGCCCAGGAGGAGGACGAGUACCGGGAAAGGUACGGUCAGCAGGCGAGCGGAAGCGGCGCCGCAGAGGCUAGCAUCACCGAUGGGGACAAAUCGCCGACGAAGGAUUCCAAGUUUGACUUCCGGAAUCUGCCUCGGGCCGAGGUGAUCCGGAAGCUUCGUGAGCGCGGCGAACCAAUUCUACUGUACGGCGAAAGUGAGGUCGAUUCGUGUAACCGGUUGCAUCAGCUGGAGAUUUCCGCGCCGGAAGUGAAUCGGGGAUUCCGGAAUGAUUUCCAGGAGGCGAUGGAGCAGGUGGACGAGGCGUUUUUGAACGAGAUUUUGACUUCGACCGGGGGCAUGAGCAAGGGGAAGAGUUCGAACGAGGACUUUGCGAUUGACGAUUCGGUUACGUAUGAGUCGAUUCAGGAGAUGGCUGUUAGGUUGGGCAGAUCAAAGGAGCACGACAUGCUGGUGAUUACGCUGUUGAUUCAAUUCUUGCUGAAGAUGUGGAACGACCAGCUGAACUCGGGGACGCAGGCGGAUCGAACGGCGACCAAGUGGAAGAUUGCCAGGGCCACGUUCGAGCAGACGAGGCUGUACCUGAAGCCGUUGCUGCGAAAGCUGCGAAAUAAAACCAUCCCCGAGGACAUCCUGGACAGUUUGACGGAUAUUACGAAAAGUUUGCUCAAGCGGCACUACAUUCAGGCUAGCGAUGCGUACCUGACGAUGGCCAUCGGGAACGCCCCUUGGCCGAUCGGUGUGACGAUGGUGGGUAUUCACGCGCGUACGGGUCGGGAGAAAAUUUUCUCGAAGAACGUCGCUCAUGUGAUGAACGACGAAACGCAGCGGAAGUACAUUCAGGGGUUGAAGCGGCUCAUGACCAAGAUGCAGGAAUACUUUCCGACGGAUCCGUCCCGGUGCGUGGAGUACGUGAGCAAGAAGGAUAUGCCGCAGGCUUAAAAGUGUCAGCUAGGUUGGAUUAUUUCUGGGGUUUGAGCUGAUUUUGUCAUU